AGCACCUUGUGUGGGCUGGAGGGUGACUGGUUGGAGGACUUGGUUUGGGGCCAGAACAGCCCACUGGAGGGAGGAGCUGCCCCCAAUCGGGUCUUUGAUUGCCUUCCAGGGACCCCCAAACCCUUCAUUUGGGUUGAGCCUGGCUCUGUGGUGCCCACGGAAGCACACGUACGUUUCUGUUGCCAGAGCCCAUGGAGAAGUGGGAGUUUUCAGCUUUGGAAGGAUGGAGGAUGCUCAUUUCAGAUAAACUCCUCCAGAGAGCAGGCUGAUGUCUGCUUUCCAAAUUCAGUAGCUGCUGCAGGGAGCUACAGCUGUCGCUACUCCCGGGGACUCCACUGGUCAGAGCUCAGUGCCCCCCUGCAGCUGCUGGUGACAGGACAUUUCUCCCAACCCUCCUUACGUGGAGCACCAAGUACUGUGGUCUCUGCAGGAGACACAGUGACCCUCCUGUGCCAGGCGUCACCCACCUAUCAUAACCCCAAAUUGAUGUUCUCUCUGCUGAAGGCUGGGGUGCCCCAUCCCGUACAGCGCCAGAGCCCAGAAGGGCGUGAGGCCAACUUCACUCUCCCGUCUGUGAAGGCUGAGGAUGCUGGGAGCUACAGCUGCAUUUACUCAGUGGGAGGGAGAGCAUCAUCUCCCAGUGACACCCUGCACUUGGAGGUGGCAGGUGCGAGGAGAGCCCUCGGGAUACCUCCACCUCCCUUUCCCCCGUAUGUGGGGCUGGUGGGGGGGCAUGGAUGAUAAAAUAGCCUCAUCGGG